AUAACAUUAAGCGCUCUAUAUUUCUGUAACGCUACUUUUAGAUGGUGUUCUUUCAUCGAAUUGAUAAUUCUUCACCGUUCACCACCUCGUACAGAUGCUAUCCAGUUUCCUUUUUAGCCGAUAAUUUUCGUUCUAGCGUGGAAAAAGGAGGGAAAAGUAAGACUUCAUAUACUGUAUGUACUUAGUAAGUCUCAGGUUUAUGGACGUAUAAAACUUUAAGCACGACUGAACGUCCAGUACCCAAUGCUGUUCAAGCUAACUAACCAACAAGCAAACCGAACUACUCAUUGUGGUGUACUGGAAUUUGUUGCGGAUGAAGGGAGGAUUUAUGUUCCUUAUUGGAUGCUAAAAAAUCUACAUUUGGAAGAGGGUGGCCUGGUCUCUGUAGUUAAUGCAGCCUUACCUGUGGCUUCUUUCGCUCGUUUCCAGCCUCAGAGUACUGAUUUUCUGGACAUAUCUAACCCUAAAGCUGUACUGGAAAAUGCUCUUCGAGACUUUGCUUGCCUCACAGUCGGAGAUAUCAUUGCUAUCAACUACAAUGAGCGUAUAUAUGAGCUUAAAGUGUUGGAAACGAAACCGAAGGAUGCAGUCACUAUAAUUGAAUGUGACAUGAGCGUUGAUUUCGCACCUCCAGUUGGAUAUCAGCCUACUGAUUCUGGUUCUUCGAGCAAACAAAGUGAUAAAGAUCUACAUAAGAUCGAAGAAGAUCACAUAGAAAUCCCUUCAGUUGUUCAAGGAUUCCAGGCAUUUAGCGGUACAGGUUAUCGGUUAGAUGGAAAAAAUAAACAGGAUAAAACUGAUGAAACAGAUAAUGGUCAAUCAUUAGGGCAAUUGAAAGAAAGAGAAAGGGGUGUACCAAACUAUAAUUAUCGACCUGGAAGUUUAACAUUUUUCCGAAAUCUAAAACAAAUUACUGCAGAGAAAAUAGAAGAACCUGUAUUCAAACCUUUCAGUGGUACAGGUCAUCAAUUGAAAUCACGCAAGAAAUGAAAGUCUAAUAUCCUCCAUAUUAAAUUAUUUGUCUCACUGUUUGUAACAAAGAUUUACACUGUCAAUUUUUCGAGUUUUAUUUCAUUUGUUUAGAAGCACUUAUAUAAUUUGGUUGUUAAUAUUUUUUGCGUAGUAACAAAUCUGUUAAAUUGACAGUUUUUCUCGAGUGUCCUCGCAUCCCACGCACUAUGAAAUGUCACCUUUUAUGAAAUAAUUUGUUUUUUUAUUUUUCAAAAGUCAGAUAAAACCUUGUGAUAUUUCACUGAUUAAAAUGAAAUUGACGUUAGGCGGUUGGAGACGAUUGUCAUGCUAGUUGUCACUCUUCAGCUAGGCAUUUUUGCUAUCUUGAGCGGUAUAAAUAUGAAUUAG